GGGAAUCGAUGUGUAUUAUUGUCAUCUUAAAAUGUAGAGAAGCAACUCAUUAGUGGAAGCUGACGAUUACAGGAAUUGGGUGAUAAGAACGAUCGCAGGAAAUCCGAUAUAUUUUCGUUCAUGCUUCAUAGCUCCCCUUGGUUGUCCAUCCCCUAUAAAAUGCUGAAAAUAAGAAUAAAUAAUAAUAAAAAUCAGACUUGCAUUAUUGAUUUAUUCCUUUUUUCGUCCAUGGAUUGAAUCAUUUUCUCUGCAAUCUCUCUCUCUCUCUCUCUCUCUCUCUUUUGAAGCGUACGGACUAAAAAUAAAGCUCAAUUGUUGUUCGGAAAUUCGAUAGAGCAAGGGAGAAUGUGGGGAUUUGGGGGGAGAUAUUAUUGGGGGAGAAAGGAAAGGGUGGAAAGAAGGAGAGCGGGAGGAGGAGGGAUAAUUUUAGUAUUUGCUUGGAUGUCGAGUCAAGAGAAGCACUUGAAGAACUAUGUUCAGCUUUACGCUUCUUUGGGUUGGGAUUCAUUGGUUUGUCAUUCAGAGUUCCUAAACAUGUUCUUCCCCGAGAAGGCUGCAACUCUAGCACAUGAUCUUCUUAAGGAACUUGUUGAGGAGCUAAAGAUUAGGCCAUGCCCUGUGGUCUUUUCAUCUUUUUCUGGUGGCCCUAAGGCCUGCAUGUACAAGGUUCUUCAGAUGAUUGUGGGAUCCUGUGAAGUGGAAGUAAAUCCAGAUGACCUCCAACUGGUGAAGGAGUGCUUUUCAGGCCAUAUUUUUUAUUCCAGUCCAGUGGAUUUUACCAGUGAUUUGGGUGCUCGAUUUGUUGUUCACCCAACAGUUCUCAGAAUGUCUCAUCCUCCAAGAAUAGCAUCAUGGAUAGCAAAUGGCAUUGCUUCUGGACUUGAUGCUCUCUUCCUCAGCAGGUUUGAAUCCCAUCGUGCUGAGUAUUGGCAGACUCUAUAUGCUUCUAUUAGGAUGGGGGCACCAUAUCUCAUAUUAUGCUCGGAAACUGACGAUCUUGCUCCUUAUCAAAUCAUCCACAAUUUCGCUCAAAGAAUACAACAACUUGGGGGUGACGUAAAACUUGUUAAGUUUAAUGGUUCUCCUCAUGUAGGUCAUUAUCGGGAUUAUCCAGUUGAUUACAGGGCUGCUGUGACUGAGCUUCUUGGUAAGGCAUCUGCCUUAUAUUUUGGAAGAAUUCAACAACUUGAGGGUGAACAAGUGGGAUCAGCUGAGGCACAUGAUGAGAUCUCUGAGCCAAUCUCCAAUAUCGGCAAAACAGCUUUAAGCCCAAACCUGAGUUUUCAGGGAACUCCUCUGAUGCAAAGUGAUCAUUUCCUCUUGCCUAGUUCAAUAGAAUACUAUGAAGGUAGAGAUUUUGGGUCUGUGCAAGAUGAACAAAAGGAAAGCCUAAUCCGUUUGCCUCAACCCUCGAGCAUUGAUGUCAAUGGGGUUCUUGGUCAAAUACUUUUUGAUGUCUGUGUCCCCAAGGAUGUCGAAGGUUGGGAUAUGAAGUCAUCAGAUUCCUCGAGCCGACACCCUUAUACUUCUUCUCUGUGGCGGAAUUCCCAUUUCAAUCCAAUCAAAUGCAUUCGUCGGUCCAGACUAUAGCAUACCUUACUGACUACUUUCAGCAGAGGCUUGUUCCUGAAUUUGCGGAACCCGUAAUCUUACCGGCAUGAGAAUUAAAUGGAGCCCAACCCAUAGCAAAAUGGGACCGCCAAAGGUACAAGAAGGGGCAAUGUGAAUGGAUGGCGAGAUGUGAUAUCUAAUUCUGUUUCGUAGGCCACUAAUGAUUACUUGCCAUGAUUUGAGCUGAUAAGACCUCUGUUCCAACAUAAACAAUAAACAGUCACUUUACUAUUCAUGCUCUAAAUUUGAUGUGGAGUUUCUUAGAAUCACCAUCAUAAUGAAAAUAAAACGUUAUUGCGCUAA